AAACUGGAUCACGUGGUGUGCGUACUUAGAAUACCUUUAGAUACCUACAGUACGAAUACGUGUUUCUGUUUCUGUUAUAUUCACCAUUUAAGGCUAUCUUAAAAGUAAGGCUGGUUGUGAAUCACAGGAAAGUCACUAAUUCAUUGUCGCAGUUGUGUCAUGUUCUCGUCAUAUCUGUUAACGUUCCUGCCUUCUGCGUUUCUUGACAACGCCUCCCGACGUCAGCUGCACCGAAACUUGAAGGAACUAACCUGUCUGGCUGGGAAAGGACGAGCAGUGAAAGAAGAAACUAAUGUCCUCGUCUGAAAAAACUAAACUUUCCCACGAGCUGUCAGGUCUAACAAUGUGAACUCGCGACCUGUUGUUUUUGAGGAACUGUUGCCUUUUCUAACCGACCUGGGACGUUUCAGGGCCAGCGGACAGUGCGGUUUCAUUAUAUAAAGUUAUACCUAAUAGGCACUUCCGGGUCGGGACUAUUCCCAUUUGGCACUGGGAGUAAGAAGCAAGCAUGGACUUUGAGCUGCAGACCAUCACGAUUAAUGGGACCGAUGGAGCUGCAUAUGUGUCUGAAGAACAGGUGACAGCAGGUAAUGGAGAUGGUGUAGCCUACAAGAUCCCUGAUGCAACAGAGAGAGACGGGUUGCUCUCUGUACAGAUUACCAGUUGUAACGGGGAGACGUUGCCCUCUGGCCAUGCAGCAGAAAUUAAUCUGGGAAAUACAUACACUCCUCGAGAGGGUAGCGCCGUGAGCAGGAUAAAGCGAGAGCUGAAUGAAGUUGUCUUCUCGAGAGUCAGACUAUGGAUGAUCAUCAUCGCCAUCUUUUUCCUCAUUUUUGUUGUGAUUAUAAUUUCGCUGCUCUUAUGCUCAGCUAUUCAUGAGGACCCGGAUGACAGCUUUGACUCUUCGUUGUUUAAAGUUCCUCAAUAUUUCAAUGGAAGCUUCCAACUGCCCGAUCUGGUCUUCACGGAGGAACUUUUCAACCUUUCCUCCAAUGAAAGCCAAGUACUCGCUGGUGACCUUCAAGAAAAGCUGGUUGACCUCUACAGAUCCUCCCCUGCUCUGGGACGAUACUUCUCCAAAGCUGAGAUAUAUGCUUUCCGGAACGGUUCGGUCAUCGCUGACUACCAGCUGACAUUUCUCAUGCCUGAGGAGCAGCUCGAUCACCUGAGAAACUUAACUCUGAGCAGGGAGAUGGUAUACAACGUGUUCAGACAGUUUCUUUAUGACCAGGAGCCAGAUGAGUCAGGGAAGAUAUACAUUGAUCCAGUUUCACUAAACAUGCAUUUAAGUCACUAGGAACAAUUGUUCAAAAACAGACGAGGAAAACGGGUGUUUCUUGCUUUUUUUUUGUCAUUUAAGUGAGACACUCAACAACCACCUAACCUCUUACAGUUAGUUUGUUGCUUGCAGCAUAUUCUGUGGGAUUCUCCCAUGAGUAUGUAUAAAUGUUGCAUAUGAUGCAUUUUUACCAAAGAAACCACAACCCCAUUAUGACUGUAGGUCAUGCUGUAUGGAUGAUCUCAUGGUGUGUUCUGUUGCUUUUAAUUCAAAUCAAUCAGUAGUGCGUGGACAUCUACUGUCAAACUGAGUGGUUUAACUCAGAAGAGAUUGUCAAAGUGUAGGAAAAACACAUUUUCAUAUUGUAUUUGAUAUUUUAUUGUGUAUUAUUGUGCUUUGUAAUACACUGGAAGUUUAAUUAGUAAUAAUAUAAAUGUCAGUGCUGAAAUUUCUCAAUGCCCUGAAUAUCACUGUGAUAUCAUAUGACCAUUUGUAAAAAACCUGUGGCUUUAUAAAUGUUUUUUUAAAUGGAAAUACAAGUUUUUUAUAUUUGCAUAUCUUUGCCAUAUAUUCCGUCACCAGAAAUUAUUCAGAAAAUCAAAAAAACUGUGAAACACUGUAGGAAAAUCAGCUUUAGAGAACUGUACAGGAGAACUAGCCUGCUGGUGUGAUCAUUUUGCCCAUAUAAAACUAUACACAAAAAAAUAACCUGUUGUAUUUCUAAUGGUGUGUGUGCUUGAACACUAGAGGGCAAACAAUUUCCUUAGUUUGUUUUGUCUCUCUGGCUUUCUCUGUCUCUGUUUGGAGCAAAGGAUUUAGGAUUUGCACUGAUAUUUUCCUCUUGUGUUGUGUCAGUAGCAGGUUGUCAAAUUGAAUAUCACCGGUGGCAUAUCACAUGUAUAUCAACUAGUGAGCUGUGUCAGUAUGUGAGAUUGUAGUCUAUUUCCUGUCAGUGAUCAUGUGAACAUGUCUGUCCUCUAAUAAGAUUACAGCUGUCAUUAUUGUCUGUACCAAGUUAUCUUGUCACACAUGUCAUUCUUAACACCCAGCAGAUGGUUAAUAAUGAGUCCUCACUUCAAGUGGUUGCACUACAAGAUUACAAGCUACAAGAUCUAAGGGAAAGACCUGAAGCUUUAACCAACUAAGACUCCAAAUGCACUGUUGUUUCUUUUUACUUCAUUUUUGUGGUAAGAUCCCAUUUGAUUAAAGUUGAUGGUUCUGGUUUGAUUAAAAUAAUCAUGUAAGAUAAAAUGUAA